AUGGAGAAUUCAAGAGUGCAGUACCGCCGCAAAGGCAUCAGCGUCGGCAACAUUGUCGGCGACCCUUUUGCCUUGGCCACUAUUUCAAUCUCAGCGCUCGCGUGGGUCAUCGCUUUCAUUGCCUCGAUUAUCGCUCAGGUCCAGACUGGGAGCGCCUUCCCGACCUACUCCUGGUGGUCGGUUAUCUUCUACUUUUUCCUGAUCAUCGGGGUUUUCGUCGUCGUGGCUUCGGACACCACUCAGACCUACCAUGUUGCGGUCGUAGGAUAUCUUGCCUGUGGACUGGUUCUAUCGACCUCAUCCGUCAAUGGACUAGUCUACUCCUCCAACGGUGCUAAGGAGGCCGCAGGUGCUGGAUUCAUUCUCCUUUCCAUGGUUACGAUCGUGUGGAUAUUCUAUUUCGGAUCCGCACCUUCAGCCGUCCCUCGCGCUUACCUUGACUCCUUUGCCUUGGCUAAGGAUUCCCACAUGAACCGCCACACCAUGAACGGGUACGGCCAGGGUCGUCCUGAGACCUCGACCUCGGUGCAGCCACCUCAGAUGUACACAUCGGCUCAGCUCAAUGGUUUCGAGAACCCCUCUCCAGUCGGUGGUCUGUCUACUGCUGGCGGCGCUCGCAACAGUGCUGCCCCCCCUCCAGCCUUCUCGGCCCAGCCGCCUGCUAAGGCACCGGGUCAAACCACCAACGAGGAAAUAGUUCCUCCCACCGAGUACCCAUACCGCGCCAAGGCUAUCUAUAGCUACGAGGCAAACCCGGAUGAUGCGAACGAGAUUUCCUUUUCCAAGCACGAGAUCCUUGAGGUUAGCGACGUCAGCGGACGGUGGUGGCAAGCACGAAAAGAGAGCGGCGAGACGGGCAUCGCACCCAGCAACUACCUCAUCCUAUUAUAG